GAUUUCAAAGAUGAUUUACAGUAGAGGGGUUUCCAAGAAAAGGUCCUUCUCAGAAGACGAGCGACUCGAAGUCUCGAACCAGCUCCUUCUUCCGAUCACCUCUCCUCUCUCACCUCAUCUCCAACCGUGCAAUCCCCAAAACCCUAACCCUAACACUAACCCCCUAACCCUAGAUUUAUACGAACCUCCCUUCUCCAUUGACGCCGCACUCUCUCUCGCUCUCGCUCCCAUCGGAGGGUUGUGGGGGAAAUGGAGAGCCACAAGCGCUCCCUGCUACGCUCCCGCCUCCGCGUGACGGCGCGGCGGCGGGGCCAGGACGUGGGGGCCUCCGGAAGCGGCGGCGUAGGCGGCGGCGCCGCCUCCCGGAGGCGGAAGCGCCGGGAGGGAGGGUGCCUCAACUCCGUGAGGAAGCUCUUCUGCCGCGAGAUCGGAGGCCGAUCGCGCGUGGCCCGAAUCGCCGCCUCCGACGCGCCCGAGAGGUUCCGCAACAUCCAGUUACAGGAAGAGUUCGAUACCUACGAUCCUAGUGUUCAUUUGUUUGUGCAGUUACAAUUUCUUGCAAGAAGAUCUAGAAUCAUUGAGAUUGUUUCAGCAAAGGAUGCUAUUUUUGCCCUUGCGCAGUCAGGAUUAUGUGCUGCUUUUUGUCGAACUACAAACAAGCGGUUAUGUUUCUUGAAUAUUAGCCCGGAUGAAGUGAUUAGAAGCCUUUUCUAUAACAAGAACAAUGAUUCACUUAUUACAGUCUCAGUUUAUGCUUCGGACAACUUCAGUUCUUUAAAGUGCAGGACAACUCCAAUAGAGUAUAUCAAGAGGAAUAGAUUGGAUGCUGGAUACCCUCUUUUUGAAACUGAAUCACUUAAAUGGCCUGGUUUCGUCGAAUUUGACGAUGUAAAUGGAAAAGUACUAACUUAUUCAUCCCAGGAUGGCAUCUACAAGGUUUUUGACUUAAAGAACUACUCCUUUUUGUAUGCAAUAUCUGAUAAGAACGUGCAGGAGAUAAAAAUCAGUCCUGGAAUAAUGCUGCUAAUAUUUGAUAGAUCACCUAGUUAUGUUCCAUUGAAGAUACUCUCGAUUGAAGAUGGGUCAGUGUUGAAAUCUUUCAAUCACUUGUUGCACCGUAACAAAAAGAUUGACUUUAUCGAGCAGUUCAAUGAGAAGCUUCUGGUCAAGCAAGAAAAUGAAAACCUCCAGAUCCUUGAUGUGAGGAAUUCAGAGUUGACUGAGGUGAGCAGGACUGAGUUCUCCACUCCUUCGGCAUUUAUAUUCCUGUACGAGAACCAUCUUUUCUUAACAUUUCGAAACAGAACGGUCGCGGUGUGGAAUUUCCGCGGGGAGCUCGUGACUUCUUUUGAAGAUAAUUUGCUUUGGCAUCCUGAUUGUAGUACAAAUAACAUCUAUAUAACAAGCGACCAGGAUCUGAUCAUCUCAUACUGCAAAGCUGAAGGAGCGCGUGAAGAUGAAGUUUCAGCUGUUGGAUCAAUCAAUAUUAGCAACAUUUUGACGGGGAAAUGCAUCGCGAAAAUCUCCACCAGCAAUCCGACGCUCACGAUCAGCCCUCGAAGAAGAGGGGAAGGGGGCCGUUCUUCGGUCCAUAGCACCGUAAGAGAAGCCCUGGAAGACGUCACGGCGUUGUUCUACGACGAGGACAGGAACGAGAUCUACACGGGAAAUAAGCAUGGGUUGAUACAUGUGUGGUCCAAUUAGCCGACGAUCUCUUUGCGACGAAUCUCGGUUUUAGUUUUCUGUGUAAUUUGGUAGGUUCUUUUUGUAAAGAUAUAACCCACUCUUUUCUCCUUUUUUUUUCCCCUUCUUUUUUUGUCAUUUUCAUUUUGCCUUUUGUUUCUUUUUUACUUGUAAGUUCAAAUCGAUUUGUAUUUUUAUGCAGCGAAAUGCCCUAUAGGUACUGAUGUAAUGAACCUUUGCAGUUUUUACCAGACAAUUAAGAUUAUCGGUGUUCUACGUACGCAAAACGGUUAAAACUU